AUCAAUCAGAUAAUUUAAAUAUGAAUAAGAAAAAUUUUACUUUCAUAUUAUCGUUAUUAUUGUUGAAUUUAAUCUUCCGUGUCGAGGUCAAUACAGCGACACAAGAUAGUUAUUAUAUUCCUACAAAUGCUGAUGUGGAUCACCCGCCUAAAAAUAUUUUGGUCGGCUCUUAUGUUGGAGGGAGAAGUCAUAUCAAACCAAUGUUAGAUAUUGCUGCUGUAUUAAGUGAAAGGGGUCACAAUGUGAUAUUGAUAACAUCAGGAAAUUAUACGCCAGCAUCAGAAUAUCCAACCAUUAAACAAAUUUCAUUUGGGCCCGCAUUUGAUGUUAAAAAAAUUAGAAGUGUGGCAAACUUAAUGCAUAAAGAAUUUGAUUUUACAAAAUUUGCUUUUAUGUAUGAAAUGGGUAUUAACACAUACGAAGACGCAUUCGUAAAAUAUAAAAAUGUUGCUAUUGAUCAAAAUAUUGACUUAUUCUUUUGCCAUGCUAUGGUAAAUGAUGCUUGUUUAGAUGCAGGUCGUGCUCUAAAUAAACCUGUUGUUGGGUUUAUGUCUUAUCUUAAUGCAAUGGACCUUAAAACGUACAAAUCAGAUCCUUUAUUCCGCUGUAAUAUUUCAUUGGAAAAUGAAUCAUUUUUGGAAAGGUUUAAGUGUACUAUAGUACAACCUCUUCGUAUGCUUAAUAUAGUAAAUUACUUUUCAAACCAAUUAAAUGAUUUAAGAAGCAAAAUGGGUAUCGAACAAGUCUUUAUGUCUCCGAUGAGGUUGGCCAAAAAUUCUUUAGUUUUGAUUGAUACUUUCUUUGGUUUUGAGUUACCGCAAACUGUACCACCAAAUAUUCAGGAAAUUGGACCAGUGUUGUCGAAACAUUAUCCCCCACUUACGCCCGAACUCUCGGACUUUAUAAAUGGACACAAGCGAGUUUUAUAUGUAGCUUUUGGUUCACGAUUCUUCACAACAAUCGAGAAUAACAGCAAACUUUUACAAUCAUUUAUCGAAGCUAUCAAUAAAAAAAUAGUUGAUGGAGUAGUUUGGGCAUUAAGUCAAACACCAGAAGAUGAUUUCUAUCCCACGUUAAGCCUAAGUGAUGGUUCACAAGUUCAAACUUCAUUAAUCCUGAAUAACAAACAUCCACAUAUUCAUAUUUUAAAGUUUGCACCACAAUUCGCUGUACUUAAUCACACCAAUACAAAAUUAUUCUUUAGUCAUGGAGGUGCUGGAAGUACUCAUGAAUCUCUUUUUACUGGUACUCCUAUGUUAGUAAUACCCCUUGGUGGUGAUCAGUUGGGCAACGCUCAAAAGGUAGAAUUAGCUGGUAUGGCAUUAUCAGUAAAUAAAUUUGCUUUGGAUGUCAAUGAUAUUAUAAAUAAAAUAGAUUUCUUAUUAAAAGAUGAAGAUGUAAAGAAAAAUUCACAGAGAAUGAAAUAUUUAGCCAGAAUUAAUAGUAAGAGAAAAUAUAGAGCAGCGGAUUUAAUUGAAUACAUUUUAUACCGUAAUAAUCUUGAUAAUGAUUCUAAUAAAGAAUUAAAGGAAUGGCUUCCAGCUAGUACAAGGAUGGGAUUUAUCAAAGGAAAUAAUUAUGACAUUUAUGGUACCAUAUUAGGAAUUGCUCUUGGACUUAUUGGAGGAAUUUUAUGGAUUACAAUUAAAUCAAUUAAGUUCAUUGCAAAGAAAAUUUCUCCUUCUCCUAAUCAAAAACCAAAAAGAGAAUAGUUGAAAUAUUUUUUUUAUUAUAAUUGAACCUUAAUUUGUAUUAAUUAUUAUUAAU